GUGGAGUUCCCUGUAGUGUAGUUCUAGUCCCUCAUCAACGUUGCCUUGCUAACAAGCUCAGCAAAUAAUCCCGUCCGAGCAAGGGAGAGGGUAAAGGACGAAAGAUACCUCAAGGAACCAGCACCGAGGCCGUUUUACUGGGACAGGAUUUUACAUUCAUUUAUUUCGAAACACUCCCUUGGACAACUGACUACAUGUUCCACAAGUGAAAGAAGGGAGACGGGCUUUUUCAUAGCCUUUAAACUGGUUGAGCCAGAGCGGACCCCCACCUCCACUGCUUGGCAGGCGUGUGGAAGAUGAGUGGCGGCAUGGUGGCAGUGCCCAGCCCUCUGGCCCCGCGCUCGGUCUCGCCCAGGCUGGCAGUGCCCGUUGUGCUACUGCUGGCCACGCUCACCAGGGCCCACGCGUCAGGAUGCCCGCGGCCCUCAGGCGUGCAGCACGGCUGGGUGAACCUGACGGAGACCAAUCGGGGCUCGGUCCCCGUGGGCACGCUGCUGCAGUACAGCUGCUACCCGGGCUACAUGCUGGACGGGCCCAGCGUCAUCACGUGCGCCGCCUCGGGACACUGGUCCUACGAGCCGCCCCUCUGCAUACGCACAGACGCUUGUCGACCGCCCAGCAAGCCAGAGAACGGGGGUUACACCUGCCACCCCUCCCCCUGCCAUCAGUUUACCCAGGGCACGGCUAUCGAGUACUACUGCGACGAAGGGUACACGCUCAGGGGGGAGUACAAGUACCGCACCUGCCAGAACGGGGAGUGGGACCUGGGCUUGCUGAUUAGCUGUCACCUGAUCCAAGACAACAUGGUGCAGGGAUGCCCACGGCCCUCGGGCGUGCAGCACGGCUGGGUGAACCUGACGGAGACCAAUCGGGGCUCGGUCCCCGUGGGUACUGUACUGCAGUACAGCUGCGACCCGGGCUACAUCCUUGACGGGUCCAGCGUCGUCACGUGUGCCACCUCGGGACACUGGUCCUACGAGCCGCCCCUCUGCAUACGCACAGACGAUUGCCAGCCGCCCAGUGAGCCGGAGAAUGGCGGCUAUACCUGCCACCCGUCCCCUUGCCAUCGGCUGACCCAGGGCACCGUGAUCGAGUACUUCUGCGACGAGGGCUUUGCCCUGAAAGGAGAGUACAAUUACCGCACCUGCCAGAAUGGGGAGUGGGACUCGGCCAUGCAAGUCAGCUGCCACCAAAGUCAAGGGAAGGACGAGCACUCGCCGCUGGCCAUGCCGGCGCUGUCCAUCGUGGCGUCCACGGCCAGCUCCGUGGCCCUCAUCCUGCUGCUGGUGGUGCUGUUUGUGCUGCUGCAGCCCAAACUCAAGUCCCUGCACCACAGCCGACGUGAGCAGGGCGUGUCGGGCCAGCCGUCGUCCAUCGUGGUGGAGGGCGUGCAGGUGUCGCUGCCCUCCUACGAGGAGGCCGUGUACGGCAGCAGCGGCGUGGCGACCGCCGCCUCCUCCUCCUCCUCCUCCUCCGCGCCCCAGGAGUCCCGCGUGCAGAUCGUGCUCUCCGAGGGCCCCCAGUCCGACGGCGGCUCCCAGGCCGACUGCCGCCUCCUCCCCUGCACCUCCUCCUCCUCCUCCUCCGCCUCGUCCUCCGCCGGCUCCUCGCGCUCCCUGCGUCACGCCGAGACGGUGCUGGUGCACCCGGCGCCCUCCUGCUCGUCCUCGUCGUCCCCGUCGCCCUACUCGCCCCCCUCGCCCUGCUCCUGGGCCGCUGAGCAGCCCAGCUCGUCAGGCGCCAGCGCCGCCGCCGGCCCCCUGGCCCACGACUCGGAGAGCAGCGACCAGCACAGUCUGCUCUCCCUCACCUCCUCCGAGGACUUUGCUGACGAUAUUCCUUUGUUGAAGGAAGCCUAAAGCCUAUUCGCAAAACAACACCCCCUUACCCUGCUGAUGCCAACGAGGACUAUGGCCUCCGUAGCCUUCUUCUCAGAGCACCCCGGACCCCCUCCUCCUCCUCUGACCUCCAUGGGCCAGGCCAACAACGCUGGCCAGGGUCUGCUCUUCGCUCUAUCUGUACACUGCAAUGACCACCUUUCCCAAAAAAGAAAAAAAGGAAACUCCCAGACUAUAAGGCCGGACAGCUGUAGGCUACAGCUGUCAUUCGCUCAGCCAUUGCUGUCCCAGAAAAGAGAAAUCCCGCUCACUCAAAUGACCACCGGCAAACGGCAUAGAAUUACACACUUUAAAAGAGAUAUGUACAAAGGCAUACAUAGGAAAAAAGUCACCCAAGGUUUUAUUUUUAUUAUUAUUAUUUGUAUCAAGUGUUUUUCUUCCUCAGAAAUGUUUUUUGCCUUUUUCCCCUGCCCCUUUUAAUGGCACACCGCAACUUUUUACCAAUAGCUCUGUCAGUGAAAAGGCUUGCACCAGGCUGUAUGACAUGAAAUGUCAAAAAAUCAAACCUUUCAUAUUUAGAAGACUGCUUGUGUCAAGGAAACGACUGAUCACGCGGCCCGUCUCAAUGUGGUUGUGAAGUUCUGAGGGAGAACAAGAAGAUGAUGGACUGUCACAAGCUUGGGCCCUGUCGUCCUUUCUGUACGUUGCAUGCAGCUGUUAGUCUGCCUCACAGGAAAGCUUCAUCAUUGGGGGACACAGCAGGGAAAGGAGAAGCAUGAACUUGGCACUCCAUUUCCCAAGAUGCAGCACUGGCUACGUCUGCUUUAGUAACGUGGGAUCCUGUUAGUGUUGCGCCUGCAAAGAAUGAUUCUCACUCACUGCACCAAAAGAAAUGCUGGCCUUUUGAUUUUGGUUUGGUCACACAGACAAACACACACACACACACACACACACACACACACACACACAUACAAAAGUAUAUGUGCUGUGCUACUUCUAUGGCAUGAUUAUGGUUUCUUUUAAUGGUGUUUAUUUUGGUGUGUUUUCCUAAAUGUGGGGAAAAAAUGUCUGUGUGCUUCUGAAUGCCAGUUUUUCUCUCACCAUCGUCACUGUUAUGGAAUGCCAUCAUUUCACAUGGUUUCCGUGUGUGUUUGUGUGUGUGAGUGAGUUUUCCUCAUUAAGGCUGUGAUUAUCAGUCUGAAGUUGUGUCUGUGUAUGGGAUUAAACUGCAAUAUUUAUGAUCCCAUCAGAGAAAUUGGAUCGCUGUCCUAUCAUCAGAGUGACUGGAUAACUCCGUCUCCCUCCAUUAGCCCCUAGCUAGCAUGCUAAGACGUGGUCCCUCACCGGUUUUGUUCAUCUGCGUUGGAUUUGAAAUGCUUAAGUAUUAUGCCAGGCAUUAUUAGUUGACCAUGAAAUCAGCUUUUCCCCCCCUCCCGUAUCAACACCGGAUGAGGAAUCAAAAACAACCUAUUGUGAUGUGCUUACCUACUAAUAGUAUGAAACAAGCUUUACUCAUGGAGGUUAUGGUGGCAACUGGAAAGCUGUUAACUCUGAAAAAGAGUUAACAGAGUGUCAGCUGAAACAAAACAAAAAAGUGAAGAGUUGUUGUCAUCGACGAUUAUAGUCGCUUCGCUACUUUGGAUUGCUUUGGUUUCAGUCCACAUGAGCUGGCUGUUCCAAAGCCCCUGGUUUCCCUCCGAUGCAUGUAAAUUCCAAAUUGAUUGUAGAUGGUAGCGGUGGGUUCCAGGAAGCAUGUUCUAACAGGGACCUCGUGAUGGGAGCCGGUAUCAGAUGGGUGAAUCAGUUCAGGGUGGCUGCUUUAGAAGAGUGCUUGGUCUGUGCCCCAGAUGCUUGUGAACAUAGCAGCGAAGAUUAAUUUCUCAGACAUGAGCAGAAGUUUGACACUACUGCAACACACUGCAGUAAAGAGUGGACUUUAUCAGUAUCUUACCCGUGUGUGUGUGUGUGUGUGUGUGUGUGUGUGUGUGUGUGUGUGUUUCAGUCAGUCAAGUGUAAACUGGAGCGGAUUGUCUUUCCAAGUUAAUGGAAUUGCCUUGUGAUGAAUUAACAGUUGUUGAUCAACCACCCCGAGAAAACUUGGCUGUGUUUUUUUUGCUGUGAUUGCUGUUCCUUGUUUGGUGAAGGCAGAGGAAAAACAAUAGCAAACUUGGUAUUCAAACCCAACACCCGAUUUUUGCGCCCUUUGCUUUUCUUUGGUUUUUGCCUGUCAGUGGGUAUAUGAAGGCAAAAAUAGUGAUGUUGCCUUAAAAACAGCAUUUUAUAAGUUAAAAGAUAAUUUCAGAAUUUUCUUUUCCUGUCUGGUUUACUUCAUGAUCUUGAGAAACUGUCAUUGUCUCCCAAAUGACUGUAUGUUAGUUUUCUAUGCAUAAACACUGUCAUUGUCUCCCAAAUGGCCUUAUGUUAGUUUUCUAACAGUCUUGUGGGUAUUUCUGUUCUUUUUUUUUUUUUUUUUUUGAGGAAGGGGAUGUUUGUUUCACUCUGUUUUCCAGGGACACGACUCAAGAAUGUCCACAUAUCUGUUUAUUGUCCACUCCAAACACUUUUCCUGUGACUGUGACUUAAAAAAAAAAAAAAAAAAAAAACAUGAAACAAUGUCAGAGCACCUGAUUAUAUUUUUUCUUUCCUUUGAUACUUUUCAGAGAUUGAAGAGAUCUCAUUUCUAGUCCCAAGUCACCGUUGUACGGUGCUUGCCCUCUGAUGAACGGAACAAAACAAUCCCCCCCCCCCCCCCCCCCUUUUUAUCCCAUUUCACUGCUUUUACUUUUACUUUCCCUCUGUACAUUGCGAUGGGUGUGAAGAUAGUAUUUUAAUAUUUGUAUAAAGUUUAAUUUAAUUCUACAAUGUACGUGUGUAUAUAACUAUUUCUAAUAAAAGCUUUCUUUGGACAUGU